CGCGCUCGUGCCCGUUAUCUUCUCCGCCGCGCGCGGGCGCGUGACACAGCAGGCAAAAUCCAGGAGGAGUGGGAGUCCCCGCGCAGGGAGCGCGCCCCGUCACCGACAGUGUCCGUACCCCCCGCCAUGUACCGGGCCCUGUACGCCUUCCGCUCCCCGGAGCCGAACUCUUUGCAGUUCGGGCCUGGGGAGAGCUUCCUGAUCUUGGAGCGGUGUAACCAGCACUGGUGGCUGGCCAGCAGCUGCAGCAGCGGGGACACGGGCUACGUGCCGGCCUCCUACCUGGAGAGGAUCAAGGUACAGGAACAGGAUGUUGUUCUACAGUCUAUCGAUCGAGCCAUUGAGGCUGUUCACAAUGCAGCCAUGAAGAACGGGGGUAAAUACAACCUGGAGCAGAGAGAUGUCCUACAAAAACUUAUUCAUCAUAGGAAGGAAACACAAUCCAGAAAAACCCACUCCCCAACCAGCCAGUCAAAUUCCAUGACCUCGUCCUCCAGCAAUUACCAUUUAGAUUCUGGACGACAACCCAAUGGCAUUUGCCGGACCAGCCUCGAUCGCCACAUGAGCUUACCCAACUCAGAGAUAGAGUCCGAGGAUAACAGUCCCUACCAGGUUCCGCCACAGCCCCGACGUGCCGCUCCUAUUACACCACCCCCACCAGAGAAACGGAAAAACGCGCCUAUCACGCAAACUACUAAAAAUGGUGUUGACACAACUUCAAGGUCAAUAUUCAACGUGUCCACUACGAGUGUGUCCUCUCUUGACACGGUGUGUACGACUUCCUCAGACUCUUCUCAUCAUACCAGCACGUCCAGCCCCAGUAAUACGCCCCCACCUGUACCCAGUAGAAGUGCGCAUACUACAGUGUCCCAGAGUCUGGACACCUGUUCCUCCGUGCCAGGAAUGCUGAACUCCCGCGGUCAGGGGGCAGCCGCUGGUGUUCCCGACAAGGAGAACCUCAUCGAAAACGGCAAGAAUCCACACACCAAGAGAACUGCCCCAGCCCCUCCCUGCUUGGAAGCGUUCAAUUCCGUCAACCAAGACGGCAAAACAAAAUCCCCUUUGAAAUCUGCGACGCCAGAAACUACAACCACCGUUGAAGCCGUCCCGAAAACCCUUGGGGCCGAGUUGAUUGAACUGGUUAGGAAAAACACCAACCUCAGUUAUGAACUAUCCCGAGUGGCCAUUGGCGUGAUCGUGGGACACAUUCAGACAUCUGUCCCGUCGACAGGACCCGUGAUGGAACGGAUUCUCAUCUCUCUAGUGGAAAGCAAGGAUUCCAGCUCUGGAUUGCCUUCCGGGCAGAUCUGUCACGACGAGCAGCGGCUAGAGGUGAUCUUUGCAGACUUAGCCAGACACAAGGAUGACGCACAGCAGCGUAGCUGGGCCCUGUACGAGGAUGAAAACGUCAUUCUCUGUUACUUGGAGGAACUUCUCCUAAUUCUGACAGAUGCAGAUCCUGAGGUGUGCAAGAAAAUGUGUAAGCGGAACCAGUUUGAGGCUGUCGUGUCCCUGGUGGCUUAUUAUCAGAUGGAACACCGCGUUCCUCUGCGGUUGUUGCUGCUGAAGUGUUUUGGAGCAAUGUGCAACCUGGAUGCAUCCAUUAUUUCUGCUCUGGUUAACUCUCUCCUGCCCAUGGAGCUGGCUCGCGACAUGCAGACGCACACUCAAGAGCACCAGAAAAUGUGUUACUCCGCGCUUGUCCUGUCGAUGAUUUUCUCCAUGGGGGAGCCGCUCCCGUAUCACCAUUACGAGCAUCUGAGCAGCCAGUUUGUCCAGUUCCUGCUGGACGUCAUUGAGGACGGGUUGCCAUCUGACACCACCGAGCAGCUGCCUGACCUAUUCCUCAACGUGCUACUGGCGUUCAACCUGCACAUAACCGUUCCCGCAAACAAUGUAAUCAUGAAAACCCUAUGCAAGCGUCCCCAUGUCAAGAUCUUUACAGAAAAGCUGCUGCUUCUUCUCAACCGAGGCGAUGAUCCUGUCUGUAUCUUCAAACACCAGCCGCAGCCUCAGCACUCUGUCCUGAAGGUCCUACAAGAUUUGUUUGCCAGCGUAGACACGGCAAACAGCUUCUACCACUCGGAUAUGAUGGUAAUGAUCGAUAUCGUAGUGCGCCAGAUAGCGGAUCUAUCUCCUGGGGAUAAGCUACGAAUGGAGUAUCUGUCCCUGAUGCACUCCAUCAUCCGCUCGACGGAUUACCUGCACCACCUCCACUGCCAGCCAGACCUGCACAGUACACUACAGCGUAUUCUAGAUGAAGAAGAGGAAGGACCUCACUGCCUGAUGGACAAAAUGAUUAUCCGUGAAAUAUACCGAGAGUUCCCUCAAAUCUCUCAAGAGAGCGGUUGAAUGGGCACUGAUGUGGCACAUUGACAAAAUCGUUUACAAAUGCCAUUUAUAGUCUUCUUAUUUUCUACGAAACCCCCGGCUAGUCUGAGGCUUGUUACAGAGCAGUGUUAGCGCAGACCCUUCUACUAGAGAAGACGCUUAGCCAGUUUGUUUUUCCGUAGUUACAGGGCAUCGUGCUGCUAAAAAGUUAUAAUAUGGCAUUAGAGAUGUUAUUUCAGAUUUUUUUUCCUAAUGCUUUUUCGGGUCUGACCUUUUUUUUAGCUUUCUGAGAUCAUCCAGCGAGAGGGUAGAAGUGUAGGCUGGAAAUCUUAGAUUUGUAUCUUUCCGCACGUACACCUUUGCUAUAUGCCUGUUGGGUUUAUAGGAUGGCAUGUCGUCUCUCGGACGUUUUCUAUACUGAACCGUGGUUUUGUUUAUGUAUCAAAACUGACAGUCCCUGACCUGUAAGUUUAUGAGAGAAUGUUUCCUACAUAUAUUACUCUCUCCAGGUGUUGCAGAAGCGCUAUAGUUCUGCAAUAGCCUUUUCGCUGACAACAUUGGGCAUAUUUAUGGUGAACAGGGAGAUGGAUGAACUUUUAUAAAAGGGACAUUUCCCCCCCCCCCCCAAACUCAGUUGGUUUUUGAGAACUGUAAAAUGCAGUCACGGAGGAGUGACGUGCAAAUGAUGUCACUGGUUUUUAGAAUCAUUGCAGCCCACGGUACUGUAUGUCAUGGUAUGCAGAAUGAUUAAAGGGUCAAUUCAGUUAGCUGUGUGGCAGCUGGUCCUACAAGUAAGCGCAGCCAUAUGCCACAUUUAUGUCAGCGGCAAAGUCUCAGAUUUGGUCUUUAGUCCCAUAGUGCUGCAUACAAACAAUACAGGUGGGGGUGCGUCUUAAGGUGCCAUCGCCAACGUUCCCUGCUGUCACUACAGCAAUUCACAUCCCUCACGUCUAAUUGAAUUUACCCCUUAAUGGGUGUAAUUCAGACCUGAUCGCUCGCUAGCGUUUUUUUGCAGAGCUGCGAUCAGGUCAGAACUGCGCAUGCUAAUGCACCGCAAUGCGCAGGCGUGUCGCACGGGUAUAAAGCGGUUCGUUGCUCUGCGAUGGGUUUGUGCGAAGAAUCCAUUCACACGGGCGAUCGCAAGGAGAUUGAUAGGAAGAAGGCGUUUGUGGGUGGUAACUGACCGUUUUCUGGGAGUGGUUGGAAAAACGCAGGCAUGUCCAAGCGUUUGCAGGGCGGGUGUCUGACGUCCAUUCCGGUCCCGGACAGGCUGAAGUGAUCGCAACGGCUGAGUAAGCCCUGGGCUGCGCAGAGACUGCACAAACUCUUUUUGUACCGCUCGGCUGCACAUGCGAUCGCACGCUUGCACAGCUAAAAUACACGAAAAUUACUGUGAACGCAGGACUGCAAAAAACAGCUAGCAAGAGAUCAGGUCUGAAUUACCCCCAAUGUCUUUCUAUGAAGUAGCCUUGCAGAUGAGCAGCUGAUUCGUCACAUAAGGUUAAGAUUUCGUUAGGGGGGAUAUUGGUGCAUUUUCCCCUAAGUGUAGUAACAAAAAGGCUUUCAUUGUUACAAAAAGAAAAUUUGAAAAGACAUCAGCGUAAGUAUUCUUUUUUACGUGUCAUUUUUACGUACUCGAAUAUCAUCAUGUUUAACUGAAGCCUUUUAACUGGUGGUUAAAUUAUCUAAGAUACCUCCCAGAUGUUGAGAAUAAUCUGCAGAAUGUUUGUCAUUUUCAGACUUCUAAAACGCAGUCACACUGUGAGGAUGUUACCCUUAAUCCAGUCUGUAACAUACGAGUAUAUACACUUGGAAGAGCGCCAUUUUCACCAGUAAUGCUUCCACCUAUAACGGAGGCUUGCGAUAGGAGGAUUUCUUGUAAAUAUUGGCUGCUAAACGCUCUUCUAUACAUUUAAAGAUUUUUAGUAUUAUUGCCAAAAUCACGUUAAGACCAAUUCUCAAGUAAUUGAUUUCUUAAUUUUUUUUUCUACAUUUUAUUACCGUUAAUAUCACUAUAGAUCAGUGGUUCUCAAACUCUGUCCUCAGGACCCCACACGGGUCACGUUUUCCAUUUCAUCCGGCAGCUGCGCUGUGUUAUCACCAACUGUCACAUUUUAAAAAUCUACAGGUGACCUGCAAAACAUGAACCGUGUGGGGUCCUGUUUGAGAACCUGUGCUAUAGAUAAUACUGGCGCUUGUGCUUAUUGCAGGCCCUUAUGUGACUGUUAGGAUUUCUGUCUGCCAAUAGCUGAGAACAAUACUCCGCCUAUCAAUUCACUGGCUCUAAUGACAUUACUGAGGCAUGAGGCACCAUUUCAUAGUGAGAAAGUCUAUGUCUCCGUUGAGUAGAUGACAGCAAAACAGUUGAGAUUAAAAAAAAAUGUAAUAGGGGUAAUUUUUAUUUACUUCCUUUUUUUUUUUUUAAAGCAUGCGUCAUUAAAAAUAAAACUAACCAACGUGUCUCGUGUCUGCUAUUAAAUUUUUUACUGAUAUUGCUAAACUGAAAUAGUUAUAUAUUUUAUUUACCAAAAGCAUAUGCAUGAGUGAAUCCUAUUUUUUUAGCAAAUGCUGCAACUAAACCUAAAGAUUUUAGCAUUAAAUAUCAAUUCAGAAAUAUUGCUUACAUGUACUGUAUGAUAGAACGAACAAUAAAAUACAAUUCCAGAUUUCCAUUGUCAUACAUAUUGUAUAAUGUGGGGGUGGUGUAUCCGGAGCACACGCAGCAAACACUGGACACCUGUGUUCUUUGUAUGUAUUUUUAAUUUCUACAUUAAUCAGUAAAAACUUCCAAAGUUUUAACUUGUCUGCUAGUUAUUAAUACUACAUAUAUAAUACCAUCGCAUAAGGAUACAACAUGCGGCUCUCCAAUUGUUAUGGGACUACACAUCCCAGAAUGCCCUCAUAGAAAAACUGUGGCAGGACAUGCUGGGAUGUAUAGUUCUAGAACGGCAAUCUUGAUGUAUAUUUAAAGCGGCAAUCAUUUAAAAGGUUUUGCCUAGGGUGAUAAUUCUAAAAGGCAGUGUAAAAAAAAAAGGGGGGGGUAGUGUUCCAAAGUUAUUUAUUUGUGGGAAUCCCUCUGGUUAUAUACAGCAGAUUGCUAUAACCGGGUAUUCAGAAUUAUUUUUCCCCAAUGUAUAUUACUAUUUUGAUCGUCUUUAUUGUCCACAUGAAGCAAGCGCUUAAAGGGUAACUCCACCGUUAGGGUUACGUGGUCGGUGCACAGGAUCCCGGCAGCAGAGUUGGAGGGGGGGGGGGGGGGGGGGAACAAAACCCCUUGAGGGCUCGCUUCAUCUGCUACGUAGCGGGCUCUGUGGUUUGCUGCACUCGCCCCAGGUUCUAUUCCUACUCUGUGGGUGUCGUGGACACCCACGAGUGUGAAUAGCCCCUGUUAGCCGGUAUUGUGGUUGGCAGCAUUGUCAAUGUUCGGGAUCGUGGCGUUGGUAUGCUGACCGCCGGGAUCCCGUGCGCUUGCCAAGUAACCACUCUCCCACCAUUAGGCCCCUCACACACAGAAAAUAUGCAAAAUCUCCUUCCCUGAAUCUGAGAACUGUCUUCUUCCCUGCAGCAGUGGUUCUCAAACUCAGUCCUCAGGACCCCAAACAGUUAUUUUCCAGAUCACCUACUGUAGCAUGUGUGCAGGUGUCUUUAUUUCUCACUGUCACAUGUUAAAAGAUGCACAGUUGGAGCAAAUUAUUUCACUUGUGAUUCUUCGAGGAGACCUGGAAAACAUGUACUGUUUUGGGGUUGAGUUCGAAAACCUGCGUUUUGAAUGAUUGCCUCUUUAGACCUACAGACUUCGCACGCCGGGUUGACAGAUAUCGUACCCUAUUACAUAUACCACUUUGACACUUACUAAAGGUCUCCGUUGACAGCAGCAUACACCCGAUUACUAAAAUGCCCUGCGUUUAAUAAUUCUCAUUAAUAAAUGCAUCUCAGUCUUUUCUAAACACAAAUGCAUUAUAAUACAGUAUGUGUUGCAUUGUUUAGUGAUCUCUUUAUUGCUGCUGUCAUGCAUUGCAUUGUCACAUCUUCUAUUACUUUGCUGUAACCUCAUUUUGCACUUUUAUUUCACUUGCGUCUGGCAGGAGUGCGGAUUCUGCUGGAGAGCGCGACUCUCUGUUUUGCCUUUUCAGCACUUAAGAUAGUGGGCCUAAUUCAGAGUUGAUCGCAGCAGCAAAUUUUGUAGCAGUUGGGCAAAACCAUGUGCACUGCAGGUGGGGCAGAUGUAACAUGUGCAGAGAGAGUUAGAUUUGGGCGGGGUGUGUUCAAACUGCAAUCUAAAUUGCAGUGUAAAAAUAAAGCAGCCAGUAUUUACCCUGCACAGAAACAAAAUAACCCACCCAAAUCGAACUCUCUCUGCACAUGUUAUAUCUGCCCCCCCCCCCUGCAGUGCACACGGCUUUGCCCAACUGCUAACAAAUUUGCUGCUGCGAUCAACUCUGAAUUACCCCCCGUGUCCCACCAAAUAUGUUUCACCCUACAUGAUGUACUGUAUAGUAAACAUUAAGUUUUGAUUGUAGCGUUGAUCUCAAGUUCAUGUUUCUGAACUCAUCUGCUCUGAACAGACAAAACUACAGAAGCUUUUCCGCAUUUCUAAUGCUAGGUUUGCUUUAAUGGUGGCCUCAUUUUGAGUUGUAUCCAUUUGUGUUUUGUUGUAAACCUGAAAACAUCCUGUGAAUGUUGUGAUCUGGAUUAAUUUAUGUUGUAACAUCUUGUAUGUUUCUCAAACUGAAACCUGUAAGCUAUGACCGCUAGUCUUUCAACCAGUGCAACUGACCAACAAUAUUGUAUAUGUAUCUCUUGUUUUCCAGUUAUAAAAUAUUUCAAAUAACAGUGUUGAAAUAAAGGAAAUAAAACUCUA